CAGGUAUCCCCUCCGCAGCAGCUGCACUAGGCUUCACGUUCUUCCUUAUGUGUUAGCAUUCCAGUUUUUGGUUAUAGUUCAUUGGUUUUAAUUUAAGUUUGACAGCAUCUUGGAUAGUCUUAUAACUGUUUUAAACUCCGGUAAUGCAUUUUACGUCGAAUUGACAUCUGCGGCUGAUGUAACAAAUACAUGUUAAUCAAUGCUUAGUUAUAGUUUGGUGGAAAUGGGCAUUUGAUUAUCACUCCCAGGGCACUCCCGCAGAGAUCUGUGACGUCACCGCGCAGACGUGGUGCGAUCUGGGAGCAUUUAAGGUUCCGAGUAUAGUUAAAUUAUUAUUUUUUUGAAAUUGCCUAAUUUUUUGUUGUCCAGUGUUUUUGCACCACAUUAUCAUUCCGCUGGCUUCUGCUUUAUGCAUACUUGGUUUUAGUGCAUUAACACAUUGCGCGUGCCAUGGUCUAGGGAAAACUUCCCCGGGGGCCGAGCCACGUCACCUGUAUAUUGGUGACAUUGAAAAAAUCUCUGUACUAAUAUGUAUUUGUUAUUCCAGAUAUCUGCAGAGAUUCAAUAAGGAGCACUGAAAAAACGAACUUUGUUUACUAGGUUUUGAUUGUCAAGAAAUGGGUUCAUUUCCCGGAAAUUAACUUUUCAUGGCAAAGUUCAAGACCGAGAUUACAAGGUUCUUUUAUUCACAGUUUUACUAAAUUGGUGAUAAAAAGAAUAUUUGAAUUCAUUUACUCACACCAAAAAUAUGAAAAUGUUUCUCAGGGAGCCACCUUGAAUACAGACCAUUAAAAAUACAUAUAACGUCACCAAAGGAACGGUGACGCGGCUUGCAGUGAAACACUACGCGUCACCAAUAUAUUGGUGACAGGCCCCCUGGGAAACAUGACUGUCACAAUAUGUUGGUGACGUGCACGCGAUGUGCACGCAAGUUAAUAUAAAAACAACCCGUUUUUGGAUCUCGUUUGCAUUUUCCUCUUUGCCAAUCAUGUUAAUCAAAAUUAAGUAAAUAAUAUUUUUCAUCCAUUAUGUAUAUUUUAAACUACAACCGCUGGCGCAAACUGUUAACGACACCGCUGAUGACGCCGACAACGGUGCAACACCACGUGACGAUUCCAAAAAUCGAGGCAGCUAUUUGAAGCAGCUACAAUCCUGGUAGUAGGCUAUUUUUCGCGAAAUAAUUUUUCCAAAGAUCAUGUUCUAUUUUGUUGGGUAAUCCUCAAAUUACCGACUACAACUGUCUAUAACCCAACAUAAUCUUUGGAAAAAUUAGGUCGCCAAGAAUAUACUAGUGGGUAAUAUCCUUGGUUUCUACCGGUCCAUCCGGUAUAUUCAGAAAAACGCCUUUUAAAAAAUCAGCUGGUUUUAUUUGAAAUUGAACAAAUAAAUAAUACACAAAAUUCAAAAACAAGCAGAACGAAUUUUAUUAAAAUAAUAAAAAUGAAUUCAUCAAAGGAAAAACGAGCUACAGUGAAAUUAAAAUGUGCAAAUCCUCUUUUUGAAGAAUGGUUACUCACUUGGAGGGAUCAGGCAGCUGCAAAAGAGUCCAAAAUGCAAUACAGCUUCAAUUUAGCUCUAAAAUCCUUGAGAAAAUAUCCAUUGCCUUUUGAGUCAGGUAGGGAAUGUAAAAUAUUGAAAGGAUUUGGAGAUAGGCUGUGUAAAAUGUUGGAUGAUAAAUUAAAAGCACACAAAAAGUACAAUGGAGAUAUUAGUGAUAACAACGCAGCAAAUAUUUUGCCAACGGCUACUCAAACUACUGCGGAAAAUAAAAGGCCUAGAAACUUGUCCAAAACUACUCCAAAUAAAACCCAUUCCAGAAAGGAAUACAUUCCCCAGUACGGUUCAGGGGCCUAUGCUAUUUUAGUAGCAUUAUACAAACAGAGCCUGGAACACAAUUAUCCAGGUUUCCUCAAAAAAGAUGACAUAAUUAAUUACGGAAAGGAUUUAUUAAUCAAUGCCUCGUUUACAAAGCCAGAGCCUGGAUCUAGAUACACUGCUUGGUCUUCAAUGAAAACUUUAUUAACUAAAAACUUGGUGUCCAAAGCUAGUCAUCCUCCUAAGUUUUCACUUACCGAUGAAGGAAUUAUUUUGGCGAAAAAGAUAUAUGAAAAUUCUAAUAGUGUUAGUUCGAUAAAUGACAAUAAUGUACCAGUGAAAGAUACAAUUUUUGCAAAAACUAAUAUUCUUGAUAACAACAUUUCUCAAUGCUAUGGCAUUAUUGAUAUUCCAGAUGAAUUUAUUGAUGAUGCUUGGGUUGGUGUUGAUAAUGAUACUUUCUCUCAACAAAUUAAUUAUGCCCAUACAAAUUUAAAUAGUGAAAAGGUUGUUGAAACUAAUGACGUUUCAUUUAAAAGAUAUGCAUCAGAUCCAAUAAUUCCACAAGCUAAAAAUUUAGCUCCAUCAAAGGUUCCAUUAAAAAGAUACGCUUCAAGUAGUUCAGUUACUUCAACAAAAAGUUCUUGCAGUUCUUAUGAACAGUUUAGUAUGGCUCCUUAUAGUUUUGAUAUUAUUUUAUAUGUUGAUAACAAUGAAACUUCUGGCUCAUCAAAUAGUCAAGAAGAUGAAAUUCUAGUAGAAUUAAGGAAAUCCACAAUAAAAUUUGAAGUUAAAAGCCUGAAAGUUGGAGAUUUCACUUGGAUUUGUAGAGAUAGAUUGACUGGAAAAGAAUUAGUUUUGCCUUAUAUAAUUGAGAGAAAAAGAAUGGAUGAUUUUGCUCAUAGUAUUAGAGAUAAAAGGUAUUAUGAACAAAAGUUUAGGCUCAAGAAGUCUGGCAUAGAAAACUUGACUUAUCUAGUUGAAAGCCAUGGAAAAAAUCAACACUCUUUAGGUUUGCCAUUGCAAAGUUUAUAUCAAGCCGCUACAAAUACUGCUAUACAGGAAAAUUUUUUCAUAAAAUUUACAGAAAAUAUGAAGGAGACUGUGGAAUAUUUAGUGCAUUUUACAAAGAUACUUGUUGAAAUGUUUAAGUCAAAAAGUCUUGGAAGUUGCUAUAAAGAGGAUAUACAGCCAGUGGAUAUCAAUACUAACUCGAUUCAUUUAAUGGCUUUUAAGGAAUUUAAUGAAUCUUCUGUAAAAAAUAAGCGAAUGAAAGUCACCGACCUUUUCGUGAAGAUGCUCAUACAAAUUAAAGGUAUGUCGGUGGAGAGAGCCUUAGCUAUAACCCAGAAAUAUCCUACACCAAUUAUGCUAAAAAUGGCAUAUAAUGAAAAUAUUGGCAGUUUAGGUGAGAAACUUCUUUCUGGUAUAAAAUAUGGUUCAUCUAAUAAAUCGAUUGGAGCUGUGCUUAGCAAGACUGUUUAUCAGGCAUUUACCAAAUUGCAAUAUUAACUAGAAUAUUCAUUGCUAUAUGUAUGUGAUUUUUGAGAAUAUAUUUUUUUCAAAGAUUGAAAGAGAACUUUUUUUCCAAUAGCUUUAAGUGAAGUACUAUUUUGCUUCCUGGGGAGAGAAAAGGUAUAUCGUAUAUCUCUUCUUUUUUGCCAUAGUAACUACAGUUUUGUAAUUGACAUUUUCAACCCUUGAUUACCUAUUGAUUUCAAACCCAAUUUAAGGCAGUAUUCUAAAACACUCUGUUGAAAGAUAGUAGUGGUAUCUAUAAUUGUGUGAAUAAGAAAAAAAACUCAGCUUGAAAAUACAUGCAUUUUCAAGCUGACUUUUUUGGACAAGCUCAAAGUGGCCUCUUCAAACUUUUUUCUUCAUAUAUGGGGGUACAUGUUUCGCAACUCUUUUUACAUAAAUUUCAUUUGUGUUUUAGCCUAUGAAUCUCAUUUUGGCUCAAAUUUCAUUAUUAUGUCUUAAAGAAAAUAUGUUAUUGUGGGAGAAAAAUGUAAUUUAAACAUCAUUCACAUAUUUUGGAAGAAAUAAAAUGCACUUCGUUUCCUUCAAAUACAAAUGGCUAAUGCAUGUAUGAUGCUACAUAUUUAUAGCAAAGAGCAAAGAUGAGACACAUAUUAAAUAUUGCUAAACAUUUAAAAACAAACUAAAAAGAAAAUUAUUUAUUGGCCUAUUUUACAAUAAAUCUUCUUCACACCGAAUAUAUUCACCAAUAUCAGCUUGAUGAAAACAUACAGGCGAAAUUGGAUCUGCCAUUUUACAUUCAGCAGUUGACCGGGCGGCAACCCCAAAACCUAAUGGUAGAUCCGACAUACUGUAUACAACUACCCCUUGAUAUUUCUCACAAUUUUCACUUAUACGACCAAGGCCUGCUUUAGAUAUAUUAUUGCCAUAUAGGAAUUGUUGCUCUGCUGAUGGUUUCAACCAGAUUUUAC